AUGGGCGCGGGUCGCCGGUCGCCCACGCCUGAGCUAAGGACAAGCGCCGUGGAGGAUGGAUGGAUUAUGAUGACGGGUAAAGAAGUGGGAGAGCGACGGAAGGACCUUGAGCAAGCCGGUAACGUAAAAUCUCAAAUCAAGUUGUGUCUUCAGCGGUCCCAGGUGGUCUGCAGGGAGACGCUCUACGUGUUGGACGUGUUGCGCUACACCAGAGACCUGGGCUCCUCCAUCUACUUCCCGCACACCGUCUUCAGCGGCGACGACCUGUACGACGUCACGCUGAGCGACCGCGACUGCCGCCUGCGCGUCACCCUGGAUCCCGGGCUCAACGCGCUGGUGGAGAGGCACGUCCUGCGGUUGGGCGCGGUCUUGCGGACCGCCACCCUGGCCCCCGCCAUGGUGGGCUUGGCGGACCGCACUGAGGACCAAAGCUUCAUCUUGGUCAACGUGGAGAUGAGCGUGGCCGAGGGCGACGACGUGAGCCGGGACUCGGAUUGGGACUCGCUGCCCUGGAGCGGCUCGCCCGAUGUGUCAGGUCCUCUGCUGGCCAGUCGAGCGUUCUUUCUGCCACUGUGGAAUAAAGUGGACUUCCACGGAGACGCCUGGAAUCAGACGCCGCCUCCCAUGAGCGAGCACGACGGGAAAGUUUACCACCCGUCCGUGACCAUCAAAGGCCUCCGCGAGGGAUUUUUAGGGCGCAAAGUUUGGGUCCGGGGCAACAUCCUGCAGCGGCUGAUCCUGCGCAUCACGGCGAAGUCAAAACUGACUUAUUACGGGAAAGCAGAUAGGAACUCCAAGUGUCCUUAUCAGGCGCUGUUGGAGGCGUGCGACCGCACGGGAAGCGUGUCGGUGGUGAUGUGGAACGGCCUGUGUGUCAACUGGUUCUGCGUUCUCAAGCCCGGUGACGUCAUCAGCCUGAGCCACUUCCGGGUCAAGCGGCGCUACCUGUCCGAGGGCGACGACAUCGAGAUCAGCGCGAACAGCCAGAAUCUCGCCGCUCGCAUCUCUCUGCUCCCGGAGGCGUCGGUGGCGCCCGCCCGCCUGCCGCCGCCCGCGAGCGCCUACGACUUCUGCGGCAGUGAGCAACUUUCGGCUCGCGCUCACGGCGCCGUCUGCGACGUCAUCGGCUUGCUGGUCUUCGCCGGGCGCUCCGAGCGGCUGAGAAAGGGGUCAGAGCUCUCGGAGUAUCGCUGGCUGCGUUUGCAGGACGGGCGCUGCUCUCGUCCAAUCUGGAUCCAGCUUUUCGCCACCUCUCAGCCGCAGACUCACCGCAGGCUCCACCCAUUAAUGGUGGUGGUGUGUUCUCGUCUGAAGGUGGUCCAGACGGAGGCGGGAGUCUUGUACCUGACCAACACGCCGCACACAAUGCUACACAUCUCAGGCGGGCACAGAGGUUACGGCCAGCUGCCGGCGGUGCAGCAGUUCCUCGACUGGCUGCGGCGGCAGGACGACAAGCGGCUGAAGCGCGCGGCUCUGAUUGGCGGAUACUUCGUCUACCCGCCCCCUCCCGUCUCCUUGGAAACGUACAUGAGAGACAACCGAGGGGAGCCCGGUUUCCUCCGGGGGACUGCGCUUCUGCGGGAGAUGAAGAAACUUUGUUACAGGGAGCGACGCACCUUCUGUAUCCAGGCCACCGUUACCAUGGUUGCAUACUGUAGCCGAGGAGAGGAGGGGAGUUGCAUCUUUUGGCGAGACGCAUCUUCGUCUCUGUCCUCCUCGUCCUCCUCGCCCUCCUCCUCCUGCCGGGUUACGCCGUCGCCGACUGCCAGUCAGCGGACGUCCCGCCCGCUGACAUCCACCAGCGGCGGCAGGCCGUGUAAGAGGAAGCUGCUGCUGCACUCGGACACUCCGGCGAAAGGACGUCCUCAAGCGACCGUCCAACCCAAAGGCAGCAACGAGACAGGUGUGUCCGUGUGUACGUCCGACACAAUGUCCAACAUGACGUGGCGUGACGACCUUCUUUUCGAGGCUACCAUGGAGUUCCUCCAUGACACCGACGACGACGAAGAGGAGGAGGAGGAGGAGGAGGAAGAGGAGGAGCAGGGCGACACUUCUUAUUACACCAGCAGCCCUUCCCCGCCGCAUUUCCCGCACGUCGCCGUGGAGACGCUGGCCAUGCGCUACAACCCCGCCCAUAAGAAAGAACAGGCGGUUGCCGUGACGAUGGGAGGAAGCCUCACCUGUGCCGCCGUCUUCGCCUGCGACAAUUACUUCACGCUCAGGCUUAAGGCUUUGUCGGACGACACGUGCAUCCACGCCAUCUUCCUCCCCCAGUCGUCCUCUUCCUCCCUCUCGCCACGCCCCGGCUCCCACGGCAACACCUGGGCCUCCAUCUUGUCCCACGGAGCCUUCUCGUCUCACGCCCCCCCGCCGUCGCCAGGUGACCUCAUCGCCACGGCAAGGCAGCUGGCCAAUCGUAGGUUGGCGUGUUUGCUGGAUGUGUGUCAUCUGGGCGGAGACUCCAACGAGGUGGUCAUCAGCCGAGCGUUCCCGAUGACCUGAGGACUCCCAAGUUUGUUUUGUCACGUUUUUGACAUUGAGCUGCGCGGUUGAAUUGCAGUUACGACGUCUACCUCACUGUCUGCAACGUUCGGCGUUCGAUUGUUUGCAAAAUCGUUUUCGAUGUCUGUUUUGCACUUUUCAACAUGUUUACAAGCAGAAGCUGUUGCACACGUUUUCCUGUAGGAAUAUUAUUGUUGCACUUUAUUUGGUUUUCAUUAAAAAGUGUCGUCGCAAGCGUU